UUAACAGCAACACCACAGAGUGCUCUCUCACAAUGACAGACACAUAAUAUGGAAGUGGUAAUGGUGAUUAUACACAUAGAUACAUAAACUUGAGGAGAAUGUAAUGCAACCGUGACAGAACGUUCGAUCAGAGGUCAAGAUGGGUGAAGCUUCAAAGGGCCUGCUUUCAAUCAUACAGAAACUGAAAGGAUCUUCAGAGGUGGAGUUGAGGAUAGUUCUGUUGGGUUUAGAUAAUGCUGGCAAAACCACUCUACUCAAGUGUCUGGCCUCAGAAGACCUCAACACCAUUACACCAACACAGGGCUUUAACAUCAAGAGUGUGGCAUCUCAUGGUAUGAAACUGAACAUGUGGGACAUCGGAGGACAGAGACAGAUCCGUCCCUUCUGGAAAAAAUACUUAGAAAACACAGAUUUAUUGAUUUAUGUCAUAGACAGCUCUGACAAGAAGCGGUUUGAGGAAACAGGACUGGAACUAUCAGAGCUGAUAGACGAGAAAAACCUUGCUGGCGUUCCCAUCCUCAUCUUUGCGAAUAAGCAGGAUCUGGCCACAGCGUCCCAAGCCAGUGAGAUUGCUGAGGGUUUGAACCUGCACACGUACAGAGACAGAGUCUGGCAGAUACAGGCCUGUUCUGCAGUCACAGGAGAGGGUGUACAGGACGGUAUGAACUGGAUCUGCAACAACCUCAUCAAAAAGUGAAAGCGUUCUGCUCUGAUCGUGGGCAGUGCAGUCCUGUUCGAACAAACAUUACCUCUCUGUGCAAUAACCACAUAUUACAUAAUGUUUCAUUCUGAUUUGCAUAUAAUCAGCAUAAUAUACUUUAAGAACUGUGCUCAGUGUUGAUCCUCAUUGAAGGGGCUCCAAAGGUUGUUUUUUUUUUGUGUCAGUUAUUAUUUGCAUAAAUGGAAAUGUAUAAUUUAUGUUUGAAAGACAGUUAUGAUAUGUAUAUUUCUAAAUGUUUGCUGUUAGAGGUCCAGUUUACCAUGUCAGAUUUUAGAAUUGGUGUGAAUGUCCGAGUGUAUGAAAAGCAAAAUUACUUGAGAGAUUUUGAGUUUUUCUCAUUAAAGCUUCAUUGAGGGUAGCAUGAAAUUAUUUGCCUAAUGUUCAUUCUGUUUAUUCUUACACUGUAAAAAAUGUACGUAAUUUUAACAGUUAAAGACUGCAAAAAUGCUACAAU